GUGCAAGCCAAUUCCAAAGCGGCUAAGUGUCUGUAUUUAAUGGUGGCCCUCAUCGGUAUCCUACUGUCCCAAUACAGCGGUUCCUUGUCUCCAGUCAUAGAUUCUUCAAGACAGCUAUGGCUACUGGUCUAUCUCAGGGCCAAGCGUGUCCGUUAUACGACAUCUAGUACUCAAACUCAGGAAGAAUUAGAAGAAGCUGAGAACGAACUCAAAAAACUUGAUUCUAAUGAAGAGUCCGAUUACAAGAAUAUAAUAUCGAAAUUACUGCCAUUCCUGUCAAUGGUUUUUGUGGAGACAUUCUGUUUGAUAUUCUUUGCCGAAUGGGGCGAUAAGUCACAGCUUAGUACUAUUGUGUUGGCGGCCCGGGAGGAUCCAAUCGGUGUAAUCGUUGGCUCAUUAUUUGGUUACAGUGUCUGUACGGCUAUCGCUGUAUUGGGCGGCAGUAUUUUGGCACAAAUAUCUCUCAUCAUAAUUAAGGGCAGAGUUCCUAAUGGGAGCCGAAGGUUUGAGUUCAAUCUGAUGGUGGGAUCCGUGAUCAGCGAACAGCUGAAGCAAUCGGGAGACAUAGCCCUCCACUUCAACCCGCGGUUCGACACGAAUCUCGUGGUGCGGAACAGUCGCCAAAACGGUCGGUGGGGUCCGGAGGAACGGGAGCCGCAAGUGAUGCCAUACGCGGCCGGACGUGACUUCGAGACAAUGCUCCUCAUAGAGGCGGACGGAUUCAAAGUGGCCGUCAAUGGGCGCCACUUCUGCCAAUUCCUGCACCGCAUACCCCUCUCCUGUGUGGGCGUCCUGUCCAUCGAGGGCUCCGUCGAAGUGGAGCGCAUUGAAUACCGGCGCGAAAUGAAGUACACGGCGCCCAUCGUAAUGGCCUCACCCGCCGCUCCCAUGCCGGUGCUCGUGAGCCGGGCGUUGGGACCCAUACACAACCCGCCGCUGCCAUUCCGACACGCAUUCGGCGAGUCCUUACGGCCCUCCCAAAUGAUAUACAUAUCGGGACGGCUGACCAACAGCGCCGACCGCUUCUCUAUUGACUUCACGUGCGCUCAACACCCGCACCAAAACGACAUCGCCUUCCACUUCAACGCCAGGAUUCGCGAAGCGGUUGUCGUGCGAAACCACUUCCAGUCGGGCCGGUGGGGAGCGGAGGAACGGCAUGCGAACGUCUUUCCCUUCUACACGGGCGCCAACUUUGACCUCAUGGUGCAGGUGGAGGCGCACAGGUUUAUGGUCGCCAUCAAUGGACAGCAUUUCGCUGAAUUCCGGCACAGAAUUCCGCUGCAGUUCGUCAACGGUAUGAACAUUAGCGGCGAUGUCUUCAUUACAUCCAUACGCUUUGCACAGCCGUAA